UAAAACUCUAGCUCUAAAACUAUAAAUAAUUUUGCAAAAAAAAUAACAAUUACAUUAAAAAUUUAAAAUAAAAAUUUAAGUACCUGUGUUAAAAUACAAUAAAAAAUGUUAAUAAAAUAUUUAUAAAGUGAUAAAACCAUAAAGAACGCGAAAAAAACAUUUUAAGCGGUGCCAAAUUUAAUAAACAUUUGUUAACAAUUAAAUUAAUAAUUACUUUGGUGUAGCCAUAAAACAAAAAUAAACAAACAAAAAAAAACACUUAAAACCCAAACCAAAUCUAAUUUGAAACGGCUGUUUUGCAUAAUCCGCUGCUGCUUCUGCUGCUGCUGUUACCGCAACAGCACCAACAUCCUUUUUUCAUUUGGUGUGUAAUAACGAAAUUAAUUCAUAUUGUUUUUGGCCUAAAAUUUUCAAAUGAUGCUACAUACAAUAAAGCUUAACAAUAGCAGCAACAAAAAUCUAGAUCAUAAAUUUUAAAUGGAUUGAUUGCAGUAAAAGGUCAUCAUCAUCAUAUUGACAAGAAUAUUCUGUUUAUAUAUCACUUUUAUAUGCACAAACAAAAACGUCUACUAUAAAAUUAAAAAAAAAAAAAAUAAAUAAAAAACCUUCAAUACCUGACAAUGUCAAUGAUCACAAUAACAACAACUAUGAUGUUCUUUUUACCAACAACAUACACAACUGAGCAGCAACAAUUUAAAAAACAACAACAACACCAACAACUGAAAUAAAUAUAUAGAAUAACAAGCAUCCGAUGUUUUUUUCAAUUUUCAAAUAAAUUGCAACAGUUUGUAAAUAAUACAAAACUAAACUACAGUUUAAUAACAACUACUUCAAAAAUAAUAUAAAAAAAAAACUCACUUAGUUUCAUUAAUACACAUUUUCAAUCAAUAUUUUUCUAAAAAAGAAAAUAAACUAAAACAUACACACGUACUUAUUUCCCCUACUACUUUUGAUAAGCAACUCUGUUUUACGGUUAUAAUUUGUUAAACUAUUAUGUAAACAAAACCCAAACACUCUCACACAAACAAACAUUAUAUUAGUAAACAACAAAGAGAAAGAGAGAAGAAAGAGUAGUAACCCAGCCAUUUGCAUAUAUACCGUUCAAAAAAAAAAAGUGUUGUUAAACUAGUUAAAGGUUAAAGAGGAAUAUACGUAAACAAAACAGCGAGUUUUUCUUGUUUGAACAACAUGGAUAAGAAAUCGGGUUCAACAUCUAAAUCAAAAACGAAAUCAAAACAAAAGAAAUUGAAACCAAAUAAAGAAUCGAGCACACAAUUGGAUAUUGAUUUGUGGGAGCAAAAUGAGGAUCGUUUUACUUCCAUCGAAUUGCCACCGGGUCAAAAAAUGCCCUACAUUAAUGCACCACCACCAGCGCCUGCACCGCCCACUCCCAAACCCGCCAAGGUGGACAAACAUACACCCAGCAAGGAACAAUUGACCUCCAUACCAACGGUGGCCACACUGCGUGACGUUGAUUCGCAUGCUGCUCUACUAACGCUCGAUGUAACGGCACAAGGUGAUCCAAAUGAGCCCGAAAGAGGCAAUUGGACGGGACGUUUUGAUUUCUUGCUAUCACUCUUAGGUUAUUCGGUGGGUUUGGGUAAUGUAUGGCGUUUUCCCUAUUUAUGUUACAAUAAUGGCGGAGGUGCUUUUCUUAUACCCUUUAGCAUUAUGCUGUGCAUUGCUGGUCUGCCCUUAAUGUUUAUGGAAUUAUCGUUUGGUCAAUAUGCCGCAUUGGGUCCCGUUGCCAUCUAUCAACGUUUCUGUCCAUUACUUUGCGGUUUGGGCACUGGCAUGAUAAUUGUUUCGGCCAUUGUCAUGCUCUACUAUAAUCUCAUUAUUGCCUGGACAAUAUUCUACAUGUUUGCCUCGUUUACCACAGAGCUGCCGUGGCAGAAUUGCGAAAAAGAAUGGAGUACAGAAAAUUGUUUUUCCUAUGAACUGAGUGAUGAAUGCAUUUCCAUAAAUGGAACUUAUUAUCUGAGAACCUGCUACAAUGCCACUUAUGCUGAUGAACACAAUAUAACGGAAAUGGCAUUACACGCUUUAAAGAAGCCGCCAGCGGAAGAGUAUUUUACCAAUUAUGUUUUAGGCUUAUCUUCUGGUAUUGAGGAAACUGGUGGCAUAAAACUAUCCCUGGCCGUCUGUCUUCUCUGCGCCUGGAUCAUCGUUUUCUUGUGUCUGUGCAAGGGUGUUCAAUCUUCGGGCAAAGUUGUUUAUUUCACAGCUCUAUUUCCGUAUGUGGUAUUAGUUAUACUGUUUUUUAGAGGUGUCACUUUACCGGGAGCCGGUACAGGCAUUUUGUUUUAUCUUACGCCAGAUUGGAAGCAAUUAGGCAAUGCCCAGGUUUGGGGUGAUGCUGCAGUACAAAUAUUUUUUGCCUUAAGUCCAGCCUGGGGAGGUUUAAUAACCUUGUCUUCGUACAAUAAAUUUUCCAAUAAUUGUUAUAAAGAUUCUUUAAUAGUGGCUUUUUGCAAUAUAGCCACUUCGUUCUUUGCCGGCUUGGUUAUAUUUUCCAUAAUUGGUUUUCUGGCCCAUGAGCUAGAUGUGGAGGUGAAAAAGGUGGUGGAUCAAGGUGCUGGCUUAGCCUUUAUAGUGUAUCCUGAGGUGGUAACACGUUUGCCGGUAUCACCCGUUUGGUCGGUAUUAUUUUUUGUUAUGCUCUUAACUUUAGGCUUGGACUCCCAGUUUGCUUUAAUGGAAACCGUUACUACUGCCAUUUUGGAUAAAUUUCCGAAUUUAAGACAAUAUAAAACAUGGGUUGUGCUUUUUGUGGGUAUUUUUGGUUAUAUAGGAGGACUGGGUUUUACAACAAAUAGUGGCAUGUAUUGGCUGCAAUUAAUGGAUAAAUAUGCUGCCAAUUGGUCUGUUUUAUUAAUAGCCAUAUCAGAGUGUGUUUUGAUUGCUUGGAUCUAUGGCUCGCAACGUUUUUUGAACGAUAUACAGGGCAUGAUAGGCAAAAAAUCAAAAACUUGGAUCUGCUUUUGGUCCGUUAUGUGGCGUUAUAUAACACCAGCUACUUUAUUGUUUAUAUUAUUCUUCAAUUGGGUGGAAUACAAGCCCGCCACUUAUGGCCCCUAUGUGUAUCCUUUGUGGGCCGAUGCUGUGGGCUGGAUAAUUGGUUUAUUGCCAGUUUUGGUUAUAUUCUUGGUGGCAUUUAAGCAAAUUUAUAGUGGACCUUCGCAUUUAGGUAUCAAAGAUCGUAUUGUUCAUUUGCUAAAGCCCACCGAGGAAUGGGGUCCCGCCGGCCGACCCUGUUGUAAUCUCUAUCCAGAACGUUAUCAAAAUGAGAAUAUGCAUAGUUUAAUGGAGGGCAUAACUACGGAGGUAAUACCGUAUGAUGAUAAUGCCGAUACUUAUGUGAGAGGUAGUAAUGGCGGUAGUGGUGGUGGGGAAACCCAAAAAGACAUGAUGCAGCUCUGAGA